AUGUUUCAUGGAUACCGUCAUGACGAAGACAGAGCUGCCUUGGUUUCGAGAAUUGGUUCUACAGGAUGUGGUGAAGAGAUUGUUCAGAUGAUCUAUAAGACUAUGCUACGACUAUGUAAAAUCCCUCCUGGAAACUACAGAUUGUAUGUUUCAGUUCUUUUCGUACAGUGUUAUGAAAAUGACGAAAUGUUCUCUCAACCGGUGUAUGUCGUGAAAGGUGAAGGAGUUACUGUCAACUUCAUUGACACCAUGGCUAGAAGGUACAAGUCAUGGACGGAUUUCAAGGAUAAUAACAGAUGGAAUGCAAUGGAUAUAGGUACACCAUUCAACGGAUACUAUAGCUGUUCGCCUGACGGGAUCACAUAUGACAAAGAAGCGAAUGCACUAGUGGAAUUCACUGUCACACCAGCGAAAAAAGGCUUGCAUAAACUGAUUGGCAUUCUUGAUGGUACUUCAACUGUUAUUGCAAUAGUGUCUGGUGUCGUAGGCAUAGCCUCGCUUUUCACGCCAGUUGGGUGGGUGUGUGUUGGCACAAUAGCGUCGUAUACUUCUGUAGCUGCAAUGGGAGCAGCAGGUUAUGGCUUAGUGAGAUCUACUUAUCAGAUAGUAGACAAAGCUAAGCAUGAUGAAGACAUGCUCAGCUUAGAUUCUUUCGUGCUUUAUGGAAGUCUAGCUCUUACUGUAAUGGAUUUGACAUUCUCGUUCGGCACACUCAAGGUUGCUCCGAAGGGUGUUCGUGAAUUCCUAACGAGAACGUUAGUGAAGAAGAUGAAAAUUGGUGUUGACGCUGCAGUGUGUGCAGCAAUGGCUGUAGUCAAACAGUGGAAAUCGUUUUAUCAAAAAAGAAAAAUAGAUUGA